AUGUGGUUUGGUGAACCAGAAGCUAAUGUCCGUGAUGUAUUUGACAAAGCUCGUCAAGCAGCACCAUGCGUACUUUUUUUUGAUGAAUUAGAUGCAAUUGCUAAAUCUCGUGGUGGUAGUGGUGUAACUGAUCGUGUUUUUAAUCAAAUUUUAACUGAAAUGGAUGGUAGGGGUACCAAGAACAAUGUUUUCAUUAUUGGUGCCACCAAUCGACCGGAUAUUAUUGAUUCAACUAUACUUCGACCAGGUCGUCUUGAUCAAUUGAUUUAUAUUCCAUUACCCGAUAACGGAUCACGUAGGGCUAUUAUAAAAGCUUCUUUAAGCAAAUCAUUUGUAGUUAAAGAUGAUGAUAUCAAUUAUUUGACUAAUGCAACCAACGGUUUUACUGGUGCUGAUUUAACAACAAUUUGUCAACGAGCUGUUGCAUUAGCUAUAAAAGAAUCCAAUAAAGAAAAACGACAACAAAUCCAUCUUACAACAACGAAUUCUGAUGAAACAGAUCCAGUACCAAUUUGUCGCGAUCAUUUUAAGCACGCUAUGAAAUUUCCUCGACGAUUAGUUAGUGAUAAUGAUAGGCGUCAAUAUGAAGUGUUUGCUCAAACAUUACAAGGUACUGAAGAUCAACAUUUAAUGGAACAAAUGCAUGAAGAGACGAGACGAAUGCAACAUGUUAUUACUGAAAAUACAAAAAACAAGUGA